AUGUUUGCUUUGAAUGUGCGUCGUCCUGGGCUGCUCUAUAGUAAAGUCGUCGAAGUUGAUGAACGAGUUACCUUGGACGACUCGACAUCAUACCAACGCGGAUCCAAUGACGACAAGAUUAUAUCCAAUGGUCAUUCAUCAAGCUAUGUUGCUUCCAGUGUUGUAACUGGCAUAUCUGGCGAAAAGGUCCGCAUUCUUCAGAAACUCGACGUUCCCACCGUUGUGAAAGCUCUACAACAAACCUACGAUGAGGGCUUCCGUAGUGUGGCCAUUUGCCUUCUCUAUUCUUAUACAUUUCCCGAUCAUGAAGUAGCAAUUGCUGCGGCAGCACAGAAAAUUGGAUUUACCCAGGUUUCAGCAUUAUGCCGCAUUUCACCUGCGAUUCGGAUGCUCCCUCGUGCUAGCUCAGCUGUGACGGAUGCAUAUCUUACACCAGAAAUUCGAGAGUAUUUGCAAGCAUUUGAAUCCGGCGUUUUAAGGGAGAGUCUCAAAACUGUGAACUGGCGUAUAAUGCAAUCAGAUGGUGGUCUGGUUCAUCCAUCUCAGCUUUCUGGUCUUCACGCAUUGCUGUCUGGUCCAGCGGGAGGUGUGGUCGGCUACGCGAGAACCUGUUUUGUUCCAGAGAACCCGGUUCCCGUCAUCGGGUUCGACAUGGGUGGGACUUCAACAGAUAUAUCUCGGUACUCAGGCUCAUUUGAGCAUGUUUUCGAAACAGUCACUGCGGGUGUUCCCAUCCAAGUCCCACAGUUGGAUAUCAACACUGUGGCGGCUGGCGGAGGAAGUAUCCUUUCAUGGAGAAAGGGCAUGCUUACAGUUGGACCAGAUAGUGCAGGAUCCCACCCUGGUCCUGCUUGUUACCGAAAAGGAGGACCAUUGACGGUCAUAGAUGCUAAUCUGAUUCUGGGCCGCAUCAUCCCGAAAUUCUUUAUUGGAUCUAACCAAGACCAGCCUUUGGACUAUGACGCAAGCUACGGAAAGAUGAAGGAUCUAACUAACAGUAUCAACACUGAUAAAGGAACAAAUUUGUCCGUUGAAGAAGUCGCACAAGGAUAUAUCACCAUUGCCAAUGAAGCGAUGUGUCGUCCCAUCCGUGCCAUUACCGAAGCUCGCGGCUUUCGGACUGGUGAGCACAAUCUUGCUUGUUUCGGAGGCGCGGGUGGUCAACAUGCCUGCGAAAUUGCCAAAGAGCUAGGCAUCUCACGUGUAUUAAUUCACAAGUAUUUUGCCAUUCUUUCGGCCUAUGGAAUGGCACUCGCAGAUACUGUCCAAGAAGCUCGCGUGCCCUAUGCCCGGCAGCUGACUGAUGAAAGUCUUUUGGCCGUGCGGCCAAUACUGGAGAAUCUUCGCCAGGACACAAUAAAUUCGAUUCAAAGCAUGGAAGCAAUCUGCAACAAGAUGAUUUCCUCUUAUUUCCUGAACCUUCGUUAUGAUGGCAGUGACACGUCUUUUAUGAUCGAAAAGCCAGAGAAAAAUUGGGAUUUCAAGGACGAAUUCGUGGCGCAUCACCAACAACAUGAAAUAGCCGGUGGACUUGCAGAGUUUGAUACUCUUUCUUGGCAGAGCGAUGUGAAGCCAGUCGGCCACACACCAGUCAGCUUUCCAGACCUGGGAGUUGUUGAUGUACCACUCUAUUCUCUGACACGACUGCAUCCCGGAGAUACUUUCAAGGGACCCAGAAUUGUCAUCGAAAAGACUCAAACUGUUGUGGUCUCCCCUGGUGCUGAAGUCAAGGUGCUUUCGUCUAUGCUUGUGAUCGAUCUAGCACCCUCUAUCCACCCAGAGACCUAUGACCAUGUAGAUCCCAUUCGUUUGUCUGUUUUUGCUAAUCGAUUCAUGGGUAUUGCUGAGCAGAUGGGACGAGCCCUGCAAAAGACCAGGGUGAGCACUGAUAUCAAGGAGAGGCUUGAUUUCAGCUGUGCUAUUUUCUCAGCAGAUGGAGGUCUUGUCGCCAAUGCGCCUCAUGUCCCCGCAAUGCUGGGGAGCAUGGCCUUUGCUGUACAGUGGCAAAUACAGCACUGGAAAGAUAACAUCCAUAGAGGCGAUGUCUUCCUCACCAACUCACCUAAUGCUGGUGGCACUCACCUUCCUGAAUUGACCGUCAUUACGCCUAUUUUCGAUGAAAAGAAUGAUGAAAUACUAUUCUGGACAGCGUCAAGAGGUCACCAUGCAGAUAUUGGAGGGAUUGUCCCUGGCUCUAUGCCUGCCACCUCACGUGAGCUGUGGGAGGAAGGUGCCGCAAUUGAUGCAUUAAAAGUAGUCGAAGACGGAAUCUUUCAAGAAGAAAGAGUUGUUGAAGCAUUGCUGCACCGGCCGGCCCUAUACCCUAAUUGUGAGGGGUCUCGGUGCAUUGAGGAUAAUAUCACUAAUAUCAAAGCUCAGGCAGCCGCCAAUCACUAUGGGGUUAACUUGGUGAAUACCCUGAUCGCGGAAUAUACUCUUCAUACAGUGAUGUUGUACAUGGAUGCUGUGCAGAAAGCGUCGGAAAACGCAAUUCGAGAAACUCUUAAGAGUAUAUGUGUUGCCAAAGCGCGCCAUUUUUUCGAGGCAGAAGAUUUCAUGGAUGAUGGGUCAAUCAUCAAACUGAAGAUUAACAUUGAUCCAAACUCGGGAAGCGCAAUUUUUGAUUUUGAUGGAACAAGCCCACAGGCAUAUGGAAACUGGAAUGCACCUCCGGCCGUUACAAACUCAGCAACGAUUUACUCACUUCGCUGUCUUGUGGCAUCGGAAAUACCUUUGAAUCAAGGGUGUAUGUUUCCAAUUCAACUUAAAAUCCCUGAGCGGUCUCUUCUUUCUCCAUCGCCUGAAGCAGCCUGCGCAGCUGGAAAUGGGCUUACCUGCCAACGUAUUGUGGAUAUCAUUUUCAAAGCCCUUGAAGUUUGCGCUGCCAGUAAUGGCUGUAUGGCAAAUUUCACAUCUGGAUUGCCAACCGAGAACGGGUUUGGGUACUACGAGACUAUUGCCGGAGGGAGCGGGGCAGGGCCAGCAUGGCAAGGCGAGGACGGAGUGCAUUGUCAUAUGACGAAUACGCGAAUCACUGAUGCCGAAAUUUUAGAAAGAAGAUACCCGGUAUUACUCAGAGAGUAUAGUCUGAGACGUGGUAGCGGAGGACCGGGGAUGUAUAGGGGUGGCGAUGGUGUGGCGCGUGAGCUGGAGUUCCAGAUUGAUAUGCACGCCGGAAUCCUCUCAGAGCGCAGGGUCUUCCAGCCAUAUGGAAUGGCAGGGGGCGAAAAUGGAGCUCGAGGAUUGAAUCUUUGGAUUCAAAAGAGUGGCUUAACAGUAAAUAUUGGUGGAAAAAAUCAAUGCAAUGUGAAGGCGGGGGAUAGGAUACGAAUCAUGACGCCUGGUGGUGGUGGAUAUGGAGCAAAGGCAAUCAAUAGCCCUCCCGAGGAUGAUGCGACUAAUACGUCCACAUUUACACCUCGCGCCAACGGCUCUUAUCAUAAUAGACAGAUAAUGGCCCAGUCGAAUUAG